CACCAUAGACUAUGACCGUACGGCUGUACGCACUGCUAAUGUUGGGGUCAGAUUCCUGGCGUUUUCUCUGAUUGUAAUAGCAUUAGGUUGCUGACAAAGUCUUUUGAGGACUUUUGUACCAUUCUCUGGUGUCACUGAGGCUAACAUUUAAACCAUUGCAAGUUGGCUUGGAAUGUGUUGAACAGGGGUUGUUGUCUACAGAUGUUGUUCAAAUAUGUCAUGAAUUGUAAAGCUCAGAAACUGAAGUGAUCCAAUUACAGCAUAAUUCCAAUGCAGAUGUGGCAACGUAAAAUGUAAUUUGACAAUUACAUUGAUAAAAUGAUCACUAUGGAAAAAAGUGUAACUCAUGGUCUAGUAGACAUAAACUACAGGAAGUCUGUGUUGCUGUGUUUCAAGCACUCAAACUGCCCCCUUUUUAUGCACCUUGUCAUGUAUGUUGUUUCUAAUCUCUGUCUUCCUGGACACUUCCUCUGUAGGUCAAACUCUGAUGCGCAGAUGCGUGUAGGAAUCCUUUAUUUUUUUAUGAAUGCUGUCUGUGAUACCACAUAAUGUUUCUCAUAAUGCUUGUCAAGCCAAUUGAGUUCUUUACUUUAUUGGAAAUAUUCUAACCCGUUACUCAAAGCCGUUCAGGCUAGAAACAUCAACAAGUUGCACAUUACAAAAGAAUCACAAACAUGUCCACCGACUUUUACAGUUGUUAUCGCACUCCUUUUGUUUUCUGAUCUCCAUACUAAUCUUCAGGUGUAGUGCACGUGUAGAUUUUCACCACAAACCAGCUUGAGGUGGAGAGUUAGGGAAUUAAUGAGUCAGCCAAUUAUACAGGAGGAUGAUUAGGGGGCCAGAUUGAAUCAGCCUGGUUGGGCCAGGACACCGGGGAAACCCCUAUUCUUUGCGAUAAGUGCCCUGGGAUCUUUUUUGACCUCAGUGAGUCAGGACCGCGGUUUUACGUCUCUUCUGAAGGACGGAAAAUUAAAAAAUAGAUUUGAAUCAAAGCAAAAGCAUCUAAAUGGGUACCAGCUGAGGCUUGGGUGUGUGCAGGCACGUUUGUAUUUAUGUUUAUAUUGUCUUUAUUUUACAGCUGUUACCACCAUCCCAGCCAGCAUAAUAAUUAAAGCAUAAAAAGGUUAAACAUUAACAUUAUGUCCAGGAAUAAGCUCAAUAGUCGGACCAUUGCACUUAGAGCAUUCAGUUGUAGCAAACUUACUUAGACCUCCACAUCAACAAAAACCAAUGGACUCUCAACAAUAACCAAUGGACUACUAACGAAUCCAGAAGAUAAGAAGGGGGUGCUUGGUCGCAUCAGCAACUUCUUCAGCCCCCGCAAGAAGAAGAGCCAGAGCAAGCAGCCCGGCGACGGCGAGAGCACCCCGACCUCCCCGACGUCCCCGCGCUCCCCGCAGAGCCCCCUGCAGGAGGACUGGCUGAAGACGCCCACCCCGUCACGGCGGGAUGACGAAGCCCCCCGGCGGAAACCGGCGUUGAAGCAGCAUCUGGAUCGGGUCUCCCUGGACCUCACCGGCAGCCGGUCCACUCUGGCGUUCGACGAAGACGGGGGAGAGGUCCCGUUUGCCGACAGCGACAGCAGCGGCCGAGGCAGCGUGAGGGAGGUGCACGUGUGCCGGGUGAGCAGCAGCAGCGUCGCGCAGCAGGGAUCCGGAGACGCCACCCCCAUCCCCGGGGCCCAUGUCUCGUUCCUGGACACGGGGUCGGGCAGCGAGCCCGGCUUGAUGGACUCGGUGGUGCAGGAGGUGAGCAAGAGGCUGCAGCUCCACCUGGAGGAGGAGGCGGCCAACAUGAAGGACGGGAAGCCGUCCGAGCGGACACACUCAAAGUCUGUCCAAGUCCGGGUGAGCUCCAAGAUGUCCGAGCCGGUCAAGUCCCACAACCUCACCUCUAUAAGUGUCGCGUCCCUAAAGUCUCUUAAAUUGAAAUCGGACGAUCCCGGCGCGUCCCUGAAGGAAGUAACCUCCCCUCGCCUCCCUCUUACCUCGUCCGGCUCAGACUCGGAGAGCGUCGGCUACAGAUCCACCAGCGUCCUCUCUUGGCUGCACGGAACGGCCACCGCUGAGCGGCAGGACUCCGCCUGGGGGGAACAUGAGCAGGGGGGCACCUCUCCGGCGCUGCUGCACAAAGCCAUACGGGUGGAGGCAGACCUGGCCGACGAGGAGGAGGAAGAAGGGGCGGGGGAGAGGGAGGAGGCCCUCAGAGCCGACUCCCCUCCCUUGAUCGCCGUGCAUGCCACUGUGGUUCCCGUCGAGGAACAGUGGCCUCGAGGCACCGACACGACCGACCGCCUCCCUCCCUUGGAGAUCGCAGAGCUCUCUGGCAUGUCGCCAGAGUCCAAGGUUUCCAAGGCAGCCGCGGAGACCGGGGAGGCCAGAACAGAAGCAAGCCCAGAGCGGCCGGAGAGCCCCCGCGGCGGGCCAGACCCCGGGAAGAGCUCCGCGAGGAGGAGCGAGGAGCCCCCACACGUCACGCGCAGGACGGUCAACCUGUCCGGGAAGGUGUUCGCCAAGAAGGUGUUUGUGAGCCAGGACAGUUCCGAAGCGGACGAGCCUGAGCCGGGGCCGGAGCCAGCGGGGAAAGGUCCAAAGAGGGGGGAUCACAGCGUGGCUUCGACUCAGAGUGUCGUCGAGGCAACCAAGCUGAAACGACAAACAAGACUGGAAAGCACCAACCAAGAACCUGAUGCUGCCACGGAAACCAGCACUAAUAAAGAAACCUCACCGACCUCUGACAUGUCCAUAAACAAAUCAAGGGGACAAACUGGAGGGGACAAGGGGCCCGCCAAGUCAUCCGCCCCUAGAGGAGGCGCCAAAGCGGAGAAGGAGAGCAGGCCAUCCGUCAUAUCUGGUGGCCGUGGCAUGGCGGAAACGGCGGGAGCCAGGGCUAAAAAGGGAAAGACGUCCGCAGAGGACGCUUCUGGAGAAACGCCACUCCGAGACGAGACCACCACUAUGCAGUCAAUCAAGCGCAAAGACAGUCCGGUGCAUGCAGCCACAACUGGCAUUAAAUCUAGAAUCCCCAAGAAGACAACAUCCGAGAGCGAACCUAAGUCUCCAGUGACACCGGACAAAACCGCUGCACCGGACAUCUCAGUGUCCGUGGUCAGUCCCACGACACACAAGUCAAAAGAACCGCUGGUUAAACAUAAAGCAGUCACUAGUAAGGUUAAAAGGCCAAGUUUAGAGGAUAGCAAGUCGGCCAAAGCUCAGGCAACAGACGUUUCGCCGACAAAAGCACCGUCUAUGCUCACAAAGCACAGCAAAGAAAGGAAGGCCGAGGACGAAAGCUCGGCGAAACUGGUUAAUGGCCUGGAGAAAAUCCACGAGCAGAGGACUAUUGUGAAGCCCCAAUCCACUGACAAAGACAACACAGGUGGUAAAAAGCCGGGCCAGGUGCAGGUGGAGGCUGUACCAUCAAAGAGCCGGCUGCCAAUUACUACACCUGCAAAGCAGAGGAGUGACGGAAUGACCAGCAACACCAAAAACACAAAGAGUGGUGUUGCUGAAGCAGAAUCUGGGAGCAAAAAUAAGCCGGUGAUCACUGGAGGGACACAAACUCAGGACCACAGAAGUUCUGAAAAAGAAACAAAGAUAGCUACCCUCCUGCCUGAGCAACUCUCCAAAAAUAAAAUAAUGGUGGGGAAGACUGACGCUGAGACACACAUAUCUACCACGCCAUCCAAGAAAACUCCAUCAUUUAAGCUCAAAAAACCAAAUCUAGUCCCAUCUAACACUAUCAAUGACAGCACUAAAAGCACACAGAGUGAUUCAACCAAGCCCUCGAGUCCUUCGAGCAAGCCUCAAAUGGCACGGCAGAAGAUACAAGGUCACAUUUCCAAGACAAAAAAAGGGGGUUCCUCUACUGAUUCUUUGACAGAAAGGACAGAACGUCUAUCUCCUACAAAGACGAAUCAUGAACCGUUCAAGCUCAUUGAGGAUGUUGUCAGUGAGGUACAAGGCCAGAAGAAGGAUGGCACAAAUGGUGAUGCAUUACUACCAUCUCAGUCUGAUUCAGAGGCAGCCCCUACAGAUGAUAUGUCCACCACUAGCUCUUCCCAGGACACAAAAGAAAAGUCACAACUUAUUGCCGGCCUUUCAGCAGUCAGUGAAGCUGAGACCGACAGAAUUACAGACAAAGGGGGGGGCGAAGAACAUGCAUCAGUAGUUAAUGUAAGCAACCAUACAGAAGAACAAUCUACCAUCGUUACAACAACACAAAAGGAUUAUGCUGUUCUCACCACAAGCCCUCAGAUACAAGCAACGAUAUCCCUGGCCCCGGUAACUGAAAAGGUGCCCUGUAUUGAAGAUGUACAUCCAAUGAGAGAUCAAAAACCAGAUGAGCAAGUGGAUGACGCCCCUACUUAUAGUCAGGAAGAGGAUCGUGAAGCAAAGAUGUUAACAAAAACUCAACCUAAAAAACGUUCACAUAUCAAAGAGAGUAUACCUAACCAGGUUGAGAAAAGUGUAUUACAACCGGAAUACCAUGAAGCCAAAGGAAAUGACAAAGUCACUCCAGAGACAAUAAUAGAAGCAAAACAGGAUGAAAGCCAUUCUGGACUUGCUGCUGUGUCAGCUAAGGACAAAAUAUCUUCCAAUAAUGGUGCAAAUAAUAUACUUACCAAACCAGAAGUAACCUAUAUUGACACUAAGACCAAUGAGGAUAGUGUUGCAGCCAAUGAUUCGCUCACAACCAAAGGUCAGGCUAUGCAUAAGCUAGUUUCACAAAGUGAGGCGACAAAUAAAAGUAAUGGGCCUUCUCAACUAUCUUUAGAUGAUCAACAGGCUGAUGGAAUAAAAUAUAAUUUAAUGUCAACCCAAGAACAACCAACCAUCCCAUCUAUCGGGAUUCAAGCAAAAAACGUCACAUUUUCUGACAUACCAAACACAGACGCGGUGCUUGAAAAGGAUAGAAUGCCGAUGACAACGGUUGAUUUGACAGUGGUGAAGGCUAUAGACAGAACGUCAAUAGCUAGCCAGGCUACAAUUGUUCAGAGAUCCACUGAAUUAACAGACACUCAUUUGGAUAAAGAGAUGCUUUCAGACUCACAGCUUUUGCCUCAGGAGCAUGCAACAUUACAGAAAGACUCAAAGCAAAAUGACAAGAUGAAUGAGAGCUCAGAGGAAGGGGACCAAAAGACCAGUCGCAGGGAACAUGAUGCCUUGGCGGUGGAAACUCGAGCAGAGGAAGUGACAACAAUAUCAAAGAAUAUCCUUGAUGUCAUUCCAAAGGCAGCUUCUGAAUCAGAGCAGAAACCCCAGACUGUCAGCUCGGUCACUGCAGAUCAGAAACAUGACGUUGCUGACCAUGUUGAAAAAUCAAGUUUAAUGGCUACAACUGCCAUGAGCAGGGAGAUUAAUUCCACACAAGUCUGCAUCAAAGAUAAUGUGAAGAGUGACGAGACAAACACAGUGCAAGAAGACCAGCAGGUGCCAUCAUCCACAAUACAGAUUAGGCAGGAAUCAAUGCCUGUUUUUAACAAUGAAGUCCGGAUCCCAGCGACACAGAACUCAGAAUGCCCAAAACCAGAUUCCAUGCCAUUUAAUGAAGGUAACAGCAUGCCCGAAAUCAAAGAUAGCCAGGUAACACUAGAUGCCACUAGAAUUAACUCAACAGAAAAGCCAGCUAUCAGUACUGAUGUUUGCAAGGAGGAUUGUCAAAAAGAGCAAAGACAGGAGAAAAUAAACACAGAAAACAGGGACAAAAGUAGUUUAUCCAUUGAAAGUUCGGAUUCAAAGACGCAAUCAACAAAAACAUUGAAAGUGAUGACUACUGAUACUCAAGAAAAGACCCAAAUUGUUCUUAAACAGGAAUCUAACAAAGACACUACAGCUAAAAGAGAACACAAAGCUAAUGAAGUUUCAACAGAGACACCAGUCUUAAUAAUGGAUUCAGAAACAAGAGCUGUGAACGCCGCAAAAACACAGCUGUCGUCAACAGUCAGUUCAGGGCUUGAGGCCUCAUCGAAGGACACAGAUUCUAAAGUUAGUCAUAAGAAGGACCACAUAGUUAUUGAACGUCAGGAUCUAGAGAUUCAAAAAACAGUUUCUAAAGUUAGUCCUAAGCAGGACAUCGAGACCAUCGUUGUUCAAAGUCGAGAUCAGAAGAUUCCAAAACAAGAGACUGCCCCAGAUUCCCUGCUGAACGCAACCCCAAAAAUGACAACUAUCGGCACUGAUGUUCUAAAGGAAGACUUUGGAAAAAUCAAUGCAGAACUCCAGGACAAAGGAACUUCAUCCUCUGAAAACAAAGAAGUCACAUCAAGCACUAAAAAAGAAUCGAUUGCCCUCAAGAAAGACGUUUUAAUUAUAACUGAAAAAUUUAAUGAAAAUGAGAGAAAAGGAAAUUACAAUAUAUUGUCAAAGGAAAGGUCAGGAUCACAGAUGGAAUCAACGCACACAUUGAAAGUGAUGCGUGCUGAUGCUCAAGAAGAAUCCAAGGUCUUUACCAAACAGGAAUCAAACCAGUUUGAAGACACUAGCGAUAAAAAACAACACAAAGCUAAUGUAGUUUUAACAAAGACUCCAGCCUUAGAGAUGGACUCAUCACAAGAAAGGAAAGCCAGGAUCACUGAUGCUCAGGAAGCAGCAAAAACACAGAGGCCAUCAACAGUCAUUUCGGGGCAUGAGACCUUGGAAAAGGACACAGACUCUGAAGUUAGUCCAAAGCAGGACCUCAAGGAACACGCUGUUAUUGAAUGUGAAGAUGAGAGCGUUCCAAAUCCAGUGAAGACCCCAGAUUCCCUGGUUAUCUCAACACAAAAAAUGACAGAUAUCAGCAGAGAUGUUCCGAAAGAGGAUUGCAAGAAAGAUUUAGGACAGGAGAAGAUGGACACAGAAAUCAAGGACAGAAUGAGUACAUUCUCUGAAACUAUUGCCAUCGUGUCAAGCACAAUCCAGGAGCCGGGGGCCUUUAAGACAGACAAAACAGACGAGACCCAGAACAAAGCUAACAAAGUUUUAAUUGAGACACUAAAAUCAGUGGUGGACUCAUCACAAAAAGCACAAACUGUGGACACUGAUGCUCAGAAGGAUGUAGUUGCUGAAUCAACAGGCAUUUUGAGGGUUGAGACCUCAAUGAAAGACACAGAUUCCAAAUUGAGUCCAAAGCAGGAGACCAUUAUUGUUGAAGGCCAAGAUCAGAAGAUUCAAAAAUCUGAAAAUACCCCAGAUUCCAUUGUGAACACAACACAGAAAAUGACCGUUACCAGCACAGAUGUUCCAAAGGAGGAUUAUAAAAAGGAUUCAGCACACGAGAAGAUAAACAUAGAAAGCAAGGUUAUAUGUAGUAUAUCCUCAGCAAAGGACACCGAUUCUAAAGUUAGUCUAAAGCAGGACUUCAAGGAACUCGCUGUUAUUGAAUGUGAAGACGAGAGCGUUUCAAAACCAGUGAAGACCCCAGACUCCCUGGAUAUCUCAACACAAAAAAUGACAGAUAUCAGCAGUGAUGUUCCAAAGGAGGAUAGUAAGAAAGAUUUAGUGGAGGAGAAAGUGGACACAGAAAUCAAGGACAGAAUGAGUACAUUCUCUGAAACUAUUGCCAUUGUGUCAAGCACAAUCCAGGACUCGGGGGCCUUGAAGACAGACACAACAGUUGAAACACAGGACAAAGCUAACAAAGUUUUAACGGAAACACCAAUCUCAGUAUUGGACUUAUCACAAAAAACACAAACUGUGGACACUGAUACUCAGAAGGAUGUAUUUGCUGAAUCAUCAACAGACAUUGUGAGGGUUGAGACCUCAAUGAAAGACACAGAUUCCAAAUUGAGUCCAAAGCAGGAGACCAUUAUUGUUGAAGGCCAAGAUCAGGAGAUCCAAAAAUCUGAAAUCAGCACAGAUGUUCCAAAGGAAGAGGAUACAAAGGAUUCAGCACGCAAGAAGAUAAACACAGAAAGCCAGAUUAAAUGUAUAUCCUCUGUGGAACCUAUGGCCUUCAAGAAAGAGGAUUCACUGACAACUGAAAAGCUCUGCAAAAAUGAGAGAAAAGGAGAUGACAUUGUCCUUUCAAUGGAGAGCUCACAAAAAUCAACAGACUCAUUGAAAGUGACGACCAAUGAAAUCAAGACCUUUACUCAAGAGGAAACCAAGACACCAGUCUUGGAGAUGGACUCAACGCAAACAACUAAAGCUGUAAACACUGACUCUCAGAAGGAUGCAUUUGUAAAAGAAGCAGGGAAAACUCCUGAGUCAUCAACAGACAUUUUAAGGAUGGCGACCUCAGCAAAGGACCCAGAUUCCAAAGUAAGGCCUGAGCAGGAAGCCGUGAUUAUUCAAGAACAGGAAGGCACACAACAGGGAGCAAUUAAGAGGCCCGUCCUUGAACAAAUUGUCACUGUGGGUGAUUCAAAACCUUUUUCAAAGGAAAGCUUAGAUUCACAAAUGAAGUCACCAAGCGCAUCAAAAGUGGGAGUUCCUGGCACUCAUGAAGAGCCUCAGACCUUCACUCAACCGGAAUCCAAACCAACACCAAUACAACAUGAAGAGUUGAAAGACACUACAGAUAAACCAAGCAGAGCUAAGGAAGUAUUAACCAAGACACCAGUAUUAGUGAUGGAAUCGUCACACGAAACAAAAGCCUUGAACACUAACGUCACAGUGAAGGACUCAAUAUCUAAAGAUAGUCCUAAGGAGGACAUUGAGACCAUCGUUAUUCAAAGUCAAGGUCAGAAGAUUCCUAAACCAGAGACAGCCCCAGAUUCCCUGGCAAAUGAAAAACAAGAAAGUAAAGUUAUCAACUCUGAUGUUCUAAAGGGAGAUUGUGAAAAAACUGUAACACAGGAGGAGAUAAACACAGAAAACAUGGACAAAUGUAGUGUAUCCACUGACAAUAUUAAGAUUGUGUCAACCUCUAAACAGGAAGUGGAUUUCAAGAACGGUGGAAAGCUGAAGGAGUCUUCCAUAGACAGUUUGAGGGUUGAGAACACAGCGAAGGACAUAGAUUCUAAGGUUAGUCCGAAGAAGGAACCCAUAAUUAUUCAAGAACAGGAGGGCACAAACCAGGGAGCAAUUAAGAGGCCUGUCCUUGAACAAACUGUCACUGUUGGUGAUUCAACCCCUUUUUCAAAGGUAAGCUUAGAUUCACAGAUGCAGUCCCCACACACAUCGAAAGUGACAGCUACUGGCACUCAAGAGGAACCUCAGACCUUUACUAAACCGGAAUCCAAACCAGAAGCAAUUGAAAAUGAACAGUUGAAGGACACUACAGAUAAACCAUGCACAGCUAAGGACGUUUUAACCGAGACACCAGUAUUAGUGAUGGAAUCGUCACAAGCAACAAAAACCUUGAACACUGAGGCCACAGUCAAGGACUCAAUAUCUAAAGAAAGUCCUAAGCAGGACAUUAAGACCAUCAUUAUUCAAGGUCAAGGUCAGAAGAUUCCUGAACCUGAGAGAGCUCCAGAUGCACUGGUAAAUGCAAAGGAAGAAAGUAGAGCUAUCAGCACUGAUGUUCCAAAGGGGGAUUGUGAUAAAAAUCGAAGACAGGAGAAAAUAAACACAGAUUCACAGAUGAAGUCACCAAUUUUGAGGGCUGAGAACACAGCAAAGGACACAAAUUCUAAAGUUAGUCUGAAGGAGGAAGCUCAGUCCUUCACUAAACAGUUUAAAGACACUGAUAAAAUAAGCAACUCUAAGAAAGUUUUAACCGAGAAACCAGUCUUAGUGAUGGAAUCUUCACAAGAAACAAAAGCCUUGAACACUGAGGUUGCAGUAAAGGAUUCAAUUCGAUCUAAAGACCGUCCUAAGCAGGAGAUUGAGACCAUCGUUACUCAAACUCAAGGUCAUGAGAUUCCUAAACCAGAGGAACCCUCUGCUGAAGCCAAUCAUCCAAAGUCUGACUCAAGACUGGAAAGAGAAACUGUUUUAGAAAACAGUCUUGUGGAGGAGAGGAAAGGCACAGAAACAGGGGAAAAUAAGAAGCCUGUCGGUGAACAAACGGUCACUAUAGUUGAUUCAAAACCCCAGCUAUUUUCAGAGGAAUGCUCUGAGUCACAGAUGAAGACGACACCCGCAUCCAAAGCGACCACUACUGCCAUUCAAGAAGAAACGAAGACCCUCACUAAACAGGUAUCCAAACCAAUUUCCAUCAAACAGGAAAAGCUGCCAUGCACUACAGAUAAAACACCAAAUAAAGCUGACAAAGUUUCAGAGAAAACACCAGUCUCUAAAAUGGAUUCAAAACCCAUGAGCACUGAGGCUAAGGAGGAUGGAUUUGGAAAAGGAGCUAGGAAAACCGAUGAGUCAUCAAAAUACAUUAUAGGGGUUGAGACCUCAGCAAAGGAUAAAGAUCAUAAAGCUAUUCCUAAGCAUGACCCCAUAAUUAUUGAACAUCAAGAUCAGAAGAAUAUAAAACAAGUGGAUCCCUUUGGUCCAUCAACAGAAUCCAAAUGCUCAAAUUCAGACUUCAGGCCGGGUCCAGAAACAAUAGUAGAAAGCAUUCUGGUGGAGGCGAGGAAGGGCAAAGAAAAGGGAGCUAAAAGAAAUCCUGUCAUUGAAAAAACGGUCACCAUAGUUAAAUCAAAACCCAAGCUUCUUUCAGAGGAAAGCUCAGAGUCACAGAUGAAGUCCCCACACACAUCGAAAGUGACCACUACUGACACUAAGACCCUCACUAAACAGGGACCAAAAAGCAUUCCAUUAAAACAUGAAAAGCUGAAAGACACUACAGAGAAAACACCAAACAAAACUGACAUAUUCUUAACGGAAACCACAGUCUUUGACAAGGUUUCGAUACAAAAACCAAAAGCCAUGAACACUGAUGUUCAAAAGGUUGGAUUUGCCAUGGGAGAAGUGCAAACUGGUACGUCAUCAACAGCCAACAUGGGGGUUGAUAUCUUAGUAAGGGAUAAAGAUCCUAAAGUUAUUCCUAAGCAGGACCCCAUAAAUACAACAAAACCCCAUAAUGAACCCCAAGAUAAGAAGAAUAUAAAACCUGUUGAACCCCCUGGUCUAUCAAUAGACGCCAAACACGCAAUGUCGGACUUUAGACUGGUUACAGAACCAUUAGUAGAAAACAGGCUUGUGGAGGAGAGGAAAGGCAAAGCACAGGGAGAUAAUAGGAAACCUGUCCUUGAACAAACGGGGCCUAUUGUUGACUUUAAACCACAACCCACAUUCACCUCCAACGCAGUUGAACAGAAUCAAAAAGACCAAGUUGAAGAGAAAAGAGAUCUGUUGAAAAAUCCAAAUAAGAUGAGCGCAGAUGCACAAAAUCAAAAGACAGUUAUUUGUACCAAAGCCACGGGAGUGAAGGACAAAAACAUCCAACAAAAACACAGUGCUGCCUCAAAGAACAGCAUCAUACCACAGACAGAACCUACACAUGAAUCAAAAGCCCAAAAAGCUCAGAGCGUGGUGAGAAGCGCCACAGAUGUAGGGAAAACGAAUGAGUCAUCAACACAGGCCACCGCCACACUGCCAUUCAGCCACACAGACACGCCCUCCAGCUGGUUAGAUGUAGAACGAGGACCCAAACUUGACAAUAAGGAGGAACACGACAGACGGCCAGACACAGAGCCUUUUGAUGACCUCAUCAGGAGUAUCAAGGAGGGAAGUAUUCCUUUCUCGCAUCCUCAGAAGAGGAAGCUUAAAUAUAUCAGAGGUUCGACUUCACCGUUUGCUCUACCGGCCAUCAAGGAAGACCGUAUGGAGACAGUGCUUGACCCGGCCCGGUUCACGUUUGGCCUGAGGAAACAAACACCAGACUACAGGGACCUGUCACCGGCUCAGGUUAUAAAGCAGAAAUCGGAAGACAGGGAUGCGAAGAAUCCACCAAAACGUGCAGCAAGAGAAGAGAGCUUUAUUUUCAAAGCCAUGCAGUGUUCGAGUGCUCGGGACAGCGAGAAAGCGCUGCCUGAGGAGAAGGACAAGGAGGAGAGGAAGAGUCAAGGCACCAAAGAUCAGCGAGAUGAAAGGAGCAAAGAAGAGCCUGGAAAGGUUAAGUCUAGAUUAGAAAGGAUAUCUAUCCUCUCCAGCUUGAGGAGCGCCCCCAAGUCCACCAGAAAAGUCGGGGAGGAAGUCAGCGCCACAAAUAGCACAGCUGCAUCUGGCCAAGGAGACAGCAUUCUUUCCCCGGGAAAACAGGGGAUUGUUUCUUUAGCUCAGUCUGGCAAGGAGCCAAGUGGUUCAGGCGCGAAAGGCAAAGACACAGGCUUGCCCGCUGUGGGUGUUUGGAAAGGUGCAGCCAGUGACUCACUCGUCAGCCCCUCCUCUCCUCCCUCCCUUCCGUCCUUCCCUGAGAUCAAGCUGCCGGAUCAUUUGGAGAAAAAUCCGAAAACCAACAAAAGGACCUCGGAGGCCCCGCAAGGAUCCCCACAGGCUAGUCAUCCCACAGGAAAGGCCAAAGCUACAGCUACAGGCACAGUUAUGGACGCGGCUCAGAGUGCUAACGUGGACAAGGGACUAAAGGGCACUGCAGGACUAACCCCUAAAAACAAACAUUUCCAGAACAUCCCUAUAAGUAGAGCCGCUGCUGUCAAACCUAAGAAACCUUUUGAAGCACGAGGGUUCCACAAAAGACCCGGAAAGAUCGUCAUCCAUGAGCUCGAGGAGUUUGGAGGGCAGGCCUACGAGCUCCUCUGUGACCAGGAGGACGCCACCGCCAUGGCCCUGUCGCCCAUCAUCUCCGUCAAGGUUACACGAGGAUGCUGGAUGCUGUAUGAAAAGCCUGGGUUUCUGGGCCGCACCAUUGCUCUGGAGGAAGGCCCCACAGAUCACCUAGUGAAUAUGUGGGCCGAGGAGGAAACCCCCAUGCCGCUCGGCCCCGGGGGCCAACCCAUUCCUACUGCUCCCAUGGUGAUAGGAUCUAUUCGCCUGGUUGUUAGGGACUACAGCAUACCCCGCAUCGACAUGUUCGCUGAGGUCAACGGGAUGGGCCUGAUGACGUCCUUCUGCGACGACACCGUGGAGCUGGGCUCCUUCGGCAGACCGCCCACCACCGGCUCCAUCAAGGUCCAGUCCGGGGUGUGGUUGGUGUACAGUGACAUCGGCUUCGAAGGCAUGCUCGCAGUGCUGGAGCCUGGGGAGUUUCCCUGUCCCCAGGCCUGGGGCUUCGACCAGCCCUUCAUCGGCUCUAUGAGGGCCCUGCGCAUGGGCCCAAUAAAGGUGGAACACCCCAAGGAAGUCAAGGCCCUGGUUUUUGAGAAGCCUGGAUUUGAGGGGGGGUGCCUGGAGCUGGACAGAGAGGCGUACGACCUGCUAGCAGGAGACGCAGAGCCGGAGGUGCAAAGGCCAGAGGAGGGAGGACCGAAGGAGGGAGACGGAGACGGGGGAGCGAGGAGGGCCCUGUCUUCGGUGGGCUCCCUCAAGAUCCUGGCUGGACUGUGGGUGGGCUAUGACGAGGCAGACCUGGAGGGCCGCCAGUACAUCCUGGAGGAGGGCGAGUACCCCCAUGUCAGCGACUGGGGCGGGUCGGAGGACGGCCUUCUCUCCCUGAGGCCCAUCGUCACUGACUUCCUGUCACCGCACAUCAAACUAUGCAGUGAAAUGAACUUCGGGGAACGUGGGGUCAAAGUUGACCUGCUGGACCCCGUCAUCGCCAUGGAGAGCACAAACUUUGGUACCAAGACCCAGUCCAUCAACGUGCUGGGAGGAGUGUGGGUGGCCUUUGAGAAGGCAGCCUUCAGCGGGGAGGUGUAUGUGCUGGAGAAAGGCCUGUAUGGAAGCCACGAGGACUGGGGAGCACAGGCCUUCAGGAUCGGGUCCAUACAGCCCGCUUUCCAGAAUGACUUUUCAGUAGCGAGCAAGUUCAAGGUGCAUCUCUAUUCAGAGGAGGACUUUAAGGGAAGGGAAGUGGUUUUAGAAGACAGUGUGGGGGCCUUGGACGAAGACUUCAUACCAAAAUCCUGUAGGGUGAAGGCUGGCAGUUGGGUAGCCUACGAGGGUGCCGAGUUCUCCGAGGACAUGUAUGUUCUGGAGGAGGGGGACUACCCCAGCCCCGAGGCCAUGGGAUACCUGGCCCGGGACACCGCCAUCCGCUCCAUGCAGACCACGGGACAUGAGUUAUCCCUGCCCUCGGUCACUCUGUUCAGCAAGCUGGGCUGCAGGGGUCGCCGGGUCUCCCUGACCAGCGGCGUGGUCAACCUGCGGCAGAUGGGCCUGGACUCACUCAUGCGCUCCGUAGCGGUGGGCGGAGGAAUGUGGGUGCUGUACGAGGGGGGCAACUACCGCGGCCGGCAGAUCCUGGUGCUGCCCAAUGAGAUCGGGGACUGGCACGGCUACAGCGGCUGGAAGCAAGUGGGGUCUCUGAGGCCGUUACUUCAGAGGCAGCUCUACUUCCGCCUGCGGAGCCGGGAGUCGGGCUGCGUGGUGACGCUGACGGGCAGCCUGGACGACAUCAAGCUGAUGAGGCUGCAGGCGCUGGAGGAGGGCGGUGGCGGCGCCGAGCAGCUCUGGCUCUACCAGCACGGCCAGCUCACCUGCAAGCUGCUGGAGGACUGCUGUCUGGAGACCACCGGCAGCAUGCUGAUGGCAGGCAGCCGUCUGUCUGUGUCGGCCGAGCGCGGCAAGGACAACCAGCUGUGGGACCUCACCCACGACGGCCUGGUGCGGUGCCACCUGAAGCCAGAGCUGGUCAUGGAGGUCAAAGGUGGCCAACAAUAUGACAAGAACCAUGUGAUCCUCAACACAUUCAAUGAGAGGAAAUUGAGCCAAAGAUGGUCAGUGGAAAUUCUAUAACUCCAAUGCACACCUUAAGAACGACAACGCCCAGGGAACCACAGAAACAAGCUUUCUCAGAGACUUCAGCACUGGCCACUGUAGCUCCGCCAGGGGGACUACGCUCUAGGAUGCUGCUCCACCAGGGGGACUGUGCUCUGUGAUGCAGCUCCGCCAGGGGGACUGGGUUUCAACUCUGAGUGAACCAGAAAUAUGAAUUUUAAGUUCAUGGUUUUCGCUACUAAAUCUCUCUCUCUGCAAUAUCUUGGUACUUUUAACAUUCUUUCAGCUUUACUUUAAACAUUUUUUUUUAUGAACAAUAAAAUGCAAAGAGAUAGGUCUAUGAUAAAAGUCAAAGUAAUUGCACAUUUUUAUUGACCAGAUCCUCUCCAAUUCAGACCUGUGUUGAUGCUGUACCUAUCCUCUCUGCCAGAAAUUGUAUUUGAUUCCAAAUUGUGUGUUUGAGACAUUAGUGUGAAAGUUCUAUGUAUGACCCCCAAAUAAUGUUUUCUUUCCUAUUUUUCAAUGGCUGCAGAUCAAACUUGAUUGAUUGUACAGUUUGAACAUGUUUCAAUGUGGCAGGUUUAGAUCAUAUAUUGAGUGGUACUGCGUUAAUCAUGUGUAUAGAUUAUAUCAAUGCAGUACCGCUGCACUGAUGCCUACUACUGAAUGUAAAUAUGUGAAUGCCUGUUACGUAGGAAUAAAGAUUUGGUCUUCCUUACAUUUCCGAAGUCUAUGUUUUGAAGGUUUUCAAAUUAAAAAGGAAUGCUAUGGCCUAAUAUUUUUCCAAUCUCU